AGGCAACCCCUGCCUUGAAUUCAUGACAAGCACCUAAGAAAACAACCCCUGUCUAAAAAAGUACUCAGGUACGAACUUAUGAAGGUCAAUUAAUGUGGACUACACCAAAUUCAGCUUGACCUCGACAACAUUCAAUGCCACCUGGUCAGAUUUAAGAGAGAGCUUGUUUAAGUGACCAAAUGACUUCAGCAGUGACACAGCACAUAAUAAUUCGACGGUGAGGACCAUGGUUUCCGCUUCACCAUCGCCGCACAAGCCGCGGCGCAAGAAUAAGAAGACGGCGCAUUUCGACAAUUCCGUUAAUGUCAAAACCGAAGCUCUCAUCCGAACUCCCUCCUUUCCUCUAGCGGCUUUCCUCUGGCCUGCUCGAAGCUCUCUUUCACAAUGGGAGGUUCUGCCCCUCAUACUUAUGGUCGUUGGACUGUUUAGAUGGGCUGCCGGGCUAUGGGGAUAUUCAGGCUUCCAGAAACCGCCGAUGUUUGGAGACUACGAAGCGCAGAGGCAUUGGAUGGAGAUCACUACACACCUACCAAUAUCACAAUGGUAUUUUCACGACCUGCAAUGGUGGGGCCUCGAUUACCCUCCCUUGACAGCAUACCACAGCUUGCUACUCGGCAAAGUCGGUUCUCUCAUUAAUCCUUCGUGGUUCGCACUCUACACCUCUCGAGGUCUGCAGGAUCCGACGCUCAAGGUGUUCAUGAGAGCUACCGUCAUUGUAUCCGAAUACCUUAUUUAUAUACCUGCUGCGGUCAUAUUCGUUAGGAGAUAUAGCAGACUCUUUGGAGUUGCUCAAUGGACAGCUUCAGUAGCUCUUGUCGCUAUACUCAUGCAGCCGGCUACUAUACUUAUCGACCACGUUCACUUCCAAUACAAUACUGUGAUGCUUGGGUUCGUCUUGGCGAGCAUGUCAAGCAUGGUGGCAGGCCGAUACAUGUGGGCGUCUAUUUUCUUCGUCGCAGCUCUAGGCUUCAAGCAAAUGGCGCUGUAUUAUGCGCCAGCUGUAUUCGCUUUCCUAUUAGGAAGCUGUACAUUUCCUCGAAUAAACAUCGCACGACUCACAGGUAUCGCAGCUGUAACUCUUGCCUCCUUCGCAGUGCUCGUACUGCCGAUAAUAUUAGGUACAUUAUAUGAUGCCAGCCGAGGUAUCAAUUCAAGACCCGAUCUCGAUGGACCUCGACCACCACUCCCCAUCUUGACAUUUAUUUCGGCCUACCUAAAUACGGAAGCAGCAUAUUAUCCAGUGGUUGAGCAGGUGGUCCAAAUGGCUCACCGAAUCUUCCCUUUCGCGCGGGGGCUUUUCGAAGAUAAGGUCGCCAACUUCUGGUGUGCAGCUAACGUGGUCAUCAAGCUGCGAAAAUAUCCAACAGAACUUUUACAGAGAGCUUCGCUCUUGGCUACCCUCGCCUCUAUCACUCCACCCUGCGCGGUCGUAUUCUUCAAGCCGCGCAAGGAAUUACUACCAUACGCUUUCAGUGCCACCGCAUGGGGCUUUUUCUUAUUUAGUUAUCAAGUCCACGAGAAGAGUGCUCUUCUUCCUCUUCUCCCUAUGACUCUACUCCUUGCCGGAAAGCAGGGACUAGGAAAGGACAUUAGGGCCUGGGUUGGGUUCGGUAACCUUGUCGGCGUGUGGACAAUGUUCCCACUAUUACAGAGGGUUGACCUACGCGUGCCGUAUGCAGUCCUGACACUGUUGUGGGCAUAUUUGUUAGGCCUACCGCCUGUAUCUAUUAGCGCUUACUUCGAGGAAGAACAGAACAUAUGGGUUCAAUGGUUAACAGCCAUUACUCACGGUUUCUUCUACAUCGCCAUGGGUGCUUGGCAUGUUCUAGAGGCCACUGCCACGCCACCCCCUGACAAACCCGAUCUUUGGGUUGUUGCCAACGUCGGCAUCGGUGCCGCCGGCUUCUCGCUCUGCUACUUGUGGUGCCUGUGGAAGUUGGUCCAGGAGAGCGGACUCAUCUCCCCGGUGUCUAAGGUCAAAACGACAUGAGUCGGCAAGAUGCCCAUAGCCGUGCCACUAAUAUGUACCAUAGAAAACAAUUACAAAUAAAUAACUAUGUUCUCUACAGCUCGCCUUGCGAGUACCCGACGUCGUUUGAGAUGUAGUUUACCUCACAUAGGCAGCAAAGAAAUGCGGCCUCCAACGUGUCUUAGUCCAUAUUGGGGUCACUCUUCCUGGGUGAUAUCGGCAUUGACUAGGUACGUCUAUAGUGAUGAUGUAUGCGCCUAGGGACGCGGCUGGG